AUGGUGAUGAUAGCAGUGGUCAUUGUGCUGCUCCUGCCUCAUGUGGUGAGCGAGACUCAUGGUGUUAAAUGUGAGGUAUGGGACCCUCAUCCGAUCCUCCACAAGUAUUACCAACCAGGAGAUCUCAUCAUCGGCGGCAUUGUUUUUCAGACAUUUGUUCUCACAACUCCAAAAUCCUUCAAAAAACGACCUGGUGGAAUAUUAUCUGAAGAAUGGAUUGUAAUGACUGAAAAUUACCAGCACAUCUUGGCUUUGGUUUUUGCAAUAAAGGAAAUAAAUGAAAAUCUGCAGAUUCUACCUAACAUAACUCUGGGAUUCAAUAUCUAUGACAGCUAUUUGAGUGCAAGGUGGACGUACCAUGCUGCAAUGCAACUUGUUUCCACGAGGAACAGACCCGUCCCAAACUACAAGUGUGACAUCCAAGACAAAGUCACCGCUAUCAUUGAGGGACUUGGCUCAGAAAACUCCCACCAUAUAACAAAUGUUUUGGACAUCUACAGGGUUCCACAGCUCUUGUAUGGCUCUGCUCCAGUGAUGUUCGAUGAUACCCAAGUCCCUUCCUUCUACCAGAUGGUCCCAACUGAAACUCAUCAGUACAUGGGGAUUCUCCAAUUGCUUCUCCAUUUCAAAUGGACAUGGGUUGGAGCCAUUUUUGUGGUUGGUGUAAAAUCAGAAUGGUUUGUGCAGAUGGUGUAUCCAGUAUUUUCCCAACAUGGCAUCUGUUUUGCUUUCAUUGAAUCCUGUUCCAGUUUAAUUGUUGCUAACAACUGGGGGGAAAUUGAGAAAUGGUGGGUGAAACUGCACAAUGCACCCACAGACAAAACAGCCAAUGUACUCCUCUUCUAUGGAGACAGUCACUCCAUGAUAGUUUUCAGAUGGUUGCUAAGUUGGUUCAACAUCACACAAAGGCUGAAAGGUAAAGUGUGGAUUCUGACAGCCCAGAUGGAGUUAAAAUUCUUUCCCAAUAGAAGGAAUUGGGAUAUACAAACCUUGCAUGGUGCCGUAUCAAUGGCAAUUCACUCCAAUGAACUUCGUGGUUUCCAACAGUUUCUGAAGAGCAGAGAGCCUUCAGGUGUCAAGGAAGAUGGUUUUAUCAGGGACUUCUGGUUAUACGCAUUUGACUGUGCUGUUCCAGAUUCUGUUCUGAGCAAUAUGAAUAUGAAGGGCUGCACUGGAGAGGAGAGACUGGAGAACCUCCCUGAGCAUAUCUUUGAAAUGACCACUGGCCAAGGCUACAGCCUCUACAAUGCUGUUUAUGCUGUGGCCCAUGCUUUACAUGCCAUGUAUUCAUCCAGCUCCCAAAGCAGAGCAACGAUAGAAGGAUCGAGGACAAAGCUUAAAAAUCAGCAGUUGUGGGAGCUCCACUACUUUCUGAGACGAGUCUCAUUUAACAACAGUGCGGGGGACAACGUUUCUUUUGACAAGAACAGGAACUUAGUAGCAGGAUUUGAUGUUCUCAAUUGGCUCACAUUCCCAAACCAGUCCUUUCUUAGAGUGAAAGUCGGAAGUACAGAUCCCAAGACUCCUGCAGACCAAGUACUCACCAUCAACGAGAAUGCCAUUACGUGGCACAGUGGGUUUAACCAGGUACGGCCCCUUUCUGUGUGUAAUGACAACUGUUAUCCAGGUUACAGGAAGAAGCAGAAAGAAGGGAAGCCAUUCUGCUGCUAUGAUUGCACUCCAUGUUCACAAGGGAUGGUAUCUGGCCAAAAUGACAUAGGUGAAUGUUUUAAAUGUCCAGAUGAUUACUAUCCAGAUAAGGACCAUGUUUUAUGCAUCCCCAAAGUUAUAACCUUCUUGUCCUACGAAGAACCUUUGGGCAUUGGUCUAGCCACUGGAACGUUAACAUUUUCUUUCAUCACGGUUCUGGUACUAGGAACAUUUGUGAAACACAACCACACUCCCAUAGUCAAAGCCAAUAACAGGAACCUCACCUAUACGCUUCUCAUCUCCCUCCUGCUGGGCUUCCUCUGUACAUUAUUAUUUAUUGGCCGACCUAGAAAUGAGACAUGUCUCCUUCGCCAUGCUGCCAUUGGCAUAAUCUUCUCAACAGCUGUUUCUUGUAUGUUGGCCAAAACUACCACGGUGGUUCUCGCGUUUAUGGCUACCAAGCCAGGCUCUAGAAUGAGGAAAUGGGUGGGGAAAAGAAUAGCUAGUUCCAUUGUUAUUUUCUGCUCCUUUAUCGAAAUAGGCAUUUGUGCAGUGUGGUUGACAACCUCUCCCCCAUACCCAGAUGCUGACAUGCAUUCAGUGAUGGAAGAAAUUAUUUUGGAAUGUAAUCAGGGGUCCACGACUAUUCUGUUCUCUGGCUCAGCCUACAUGGGCUUCCUGGUCGUUGCCAGUUUCAUCAUAGCUUUCUUCGCCAGGAAGUUACCAGCCAGUUUCAAUGAAGCCAAGUUGAUCACUUUCAGCAUGUUGUUCUUUUGCAGUGUUUGGUUGUUCUUUGUUCCAACCUACUUGAGCACCAAAGGAAAAUACACAGUAGCUGUGGAGAUCUUUUGUAUCUUAGCCUCCAGUGCUGGGUUGUUGGGUUGCAUGUUUUUCCCAAAGUGUUACAUCAUUGUGCUAAAGCCUAAAAUGAACAGUAAGGAAUGGCUCAAAAGGAAAAAAAUAAUUGAAGGAACUGCUUAUCGUUCCUAUAGUAGUUGCCUUUGA